UAGAUCAUUUAUACAGUUACUGUUGUCAUUAGCCAACUAUACCUAACAGCAUGAGUCUAAGUCCAAGAUCAGCCGCUCUCACAACAUACGCAUUGUCAAGUCCAAUACACCAAAGUUGGGAAAGUGCACUUGCUGAUGUCGUCGGGGUCCUCCGUAUACAGUACAGAUCUGACGAUGACGUCAGACUGUUUCUCGACUCCGCCGAAAAAGUAAGGCACCUGCAACAAAGUAUCGCCGCCAAAAUGGAAUGGAACCGAAGAGUAAUCAAGGAAGAAAUGGAUUCAGGAAUCCACAGUCCACCGAGAGCACGACGCAUUGCAAAAGAAGUUGCGAUUGACUUCAUCAGGCGAUAUUUGGAUGGAGAGGAAGAAAAAUUAUCCAUGUAUCGACGCCUUCAAGAUAUUCAGCGCGAGAAAGAAGACACACUGUCUACAGUACUUGAAUAUGAACGUGAAAUGAAGAAAGUAAAAGAUGAGAACGCUAAACUUGCCAUAUCGAACCAAAAUCUCCGUGAGGAAAAUGAACUCAUGCGCACCGACAAAGAUGAAUUAAAACUGGAUUCUCAAAAGUUGAAGACAGAAAAUGAUCAGAGCCGAGAUGAAAAUGAUCGCCUGCGAUUGGAGAAUGGAAAGCUUCGAGAGGAAAACAAGAAAGUGAGACAAGAAAAUCAAGAUCUAAGAAAUGAAAAUGGUGCUUUGAGAUCUGAGAAUCAGAAAGUUCGAGUGGAAAAUCAAAAACUUCGAGAUGAGUGCGACGACGUCCGAGGGGAAAAUGUAAAGGUAAGAAGCGAAAAUCAGUCGUUGAGAGAUGAGAAUCAGGAAGUUCGAUGUGAAAACUUGAAACUCCGUGACAACAAUGCAUCACUACGAGAUGAAAACGAAAGGUUACGUUCAGGAAACGGCACAUUGAUGAGUGACAACAGAAAACUUAUUCAAGACAACUUGGAGUUGAAUGCAAGAGAAGAUGAAAUGAGAAUGUUGGUUAAUAUCCAACAAAGUAUCCUUGCAGGUAAAGCUGGUGCAAGCAAGGAGGCACUCCGUCUACAGCAAAGAUCACACACCGAUGAUGUUGUGGAUGACAGUUCCUGAGUUUGGGAAAUAAACUGCUUUAUAUCUACCAUUGCCAGCUAUAAUAAGUUUGCUUCUAUUGCAUAUGUAUAUAUAUUUGCGAAUACAGUAUUAUUUUACCUUUUGAUUCG